UGUUGUGUUGUGGCGGGUCGGGGAUCAGCUGACGGGCUUACCACACGGGACCAGUGUCUCACCAGCACCAUGGACGACUCCCACCACCUCCAUCACGAGGAUAAUAUAUUGUAUGAGCUGCUGGUCCACGCAGAGUGGCCCUUGGAGCAGGAAAUAAUCGGAGGUGGCACAAUAAGCCUUGGCGGGAACUUCUUUUACCGAACUGUCACCCAGACUCCGGCUAACAUCUGGGCAGUUGCAUCAUCCCUCUGGACAUAUGUUAGACCUGCUCCAGCUGUUUCUCCAAGUUUAGCCAAAUUAGUUGGAGGGCGUUCAGGCUGGCAGCUUGGUGUUGGUGCCCAGGGAGCUGUAGUGGCCAUAUUGCAGGCCGCCACCCUAGAAAUACGUGCUAAAAAAGAUGAUUUUGCAUCUGUUGUUGGCAAGAACUCAAACUUGUUUGUCGACCCCUUCCCGUCAUGGCGACGCAUAGCAUGGUCUGCAGACUGUUCGAUGGUUGGUGUAUCAUACAGCUCUGGUGCUGUUGAGAUUUUUAACACACUAGGAACUAGUAUCUUCACUAUCUACCCACCAAAGUACCGUGAAGGAGUGCCGCAGGUUGAUGCUAGCAGUGCUCUUGCUGCACUUGUGUUCUCGGAUAUUAGGACACAAAAAAUAAAAUGGGCUGCAGAGUUGAUAGUUAUUGAUUAUAAGGGAAAUGUUCGAAGCUACUUUGUGUCGCCAACUGAGGGUUAUCAGGAGAGCCACGUGUUCUCCUUCGGCAAGUUAUACCCAAGUGGAGUUACUGCAGCUAUCAUUCAUGGGAGUUUGUUGAUAGUGACUGGCUUGUGUGAUUUUAUGGGUGACAGCAAUCUUAAGAAUAAUGGUCUUGGGCAUGGUGUUACUGUGUGGCGCAUGGUGAAUGAUUAUCCCUUCUAUAAACAGGUACCAACAAUUAAUGAAGAGGAAUAUAUACCUCCCAGUUUGGGUCUAUGGAAACGUUUGUCUGGAUAUCGAUCAGCACCUCAUCAUGACUUCAUUUUCCAAAUGUGUGUGUCUCCCACUGGCCGUCAGUUAGCUGCAUUACACACCUCAGGCAGUCUCUCCAUUUGGGAACUUCCAUCCCUGCGCAAACAAAAAUUUUGGCCCCUCCUGUUGCAACCACAUUAUGAUGCUGUCAACCCAUCCUCAUCUGAAUAUAUUCCAUGCCAAAAACACCGACUCAUUCAGUACACAGGGCCACUAAAGAAUCACCCAGCAGAUCUUAGUUGGUGGUCAGAUGCGGCAGUAAUCCUAGCUCGGUAUUCUGGGGCAGUGACUGUAAGCUCUGUCAACUCAUUAAGGAACUUACUUGGAGAAUCGCCAGAGUUUCUGGAGGGUGUACCACAGAUAAGUGAAGCGUAUGAUCGAGGUUUUCUGGGGCUGGAGGUAGAAAGUAGAGUCAACUCCAAGCGAUUGUUAACUACCUCAAAUGAAGGUUCUGAUGAAGAGGAGUAUGUGGACUCUGAUGAAGAGGAGGAGUUGUCUCUUAUUCAGAGGUCGAGUCGGCUUGCUAAGAAUGCCCUCUACUGGGUCACAGAUGCAGAGAGAUUUCGGCCUCCAAGCAAGAGAUCCAAAAUUGUGCAGAGAACAUUCCGUCUGCUGUGUCUGAAGAGUACAACUCCAGAGGAAUUAUUUGCUCGAAAAAUUGAGAAUGAAGAAUACGGAGAAGCAUUGGCACUCGCUAACAGUUACAGUCUCGACUGUGACCGAGUGUACCAACAACAGUGGCGGAGAAGUUCAGUGACAGUUGCCUCCAUACAAGAUUACCUUGCCAAGAUUCACAAAAGGUCUUGGGUUCUGGCCGAGUGUGUAAGUCGUGUUCCAGAAAAUAUUGAUGCUGCUCGAGAGCUGCUUAUGUAUGGCCUUCGUGGGACGGAUCUUGAGGCAAUUAUUGCUAUUGGUAAUGAAACCGAUGAUGGUGAAUUCAUUCCUUGUGAUUCUGAUCUGAUUUAUGAUGAAGGGUUUGACAUAGACCCCAGCGAGUAUGAAAUCCAAGUCCAAGAGAGAGCAGCCAAAGAAUUCAAGAGGAAGCAUGAACUUCUUAUGCAGAUUGACUUUAAGAACCUAACGCUUGAACAGAAAACUGUGAUACGUGCUCGGCAGAAAUUGCUGACUUAUCUCGACCGAUUGGCUACAUAUGAGGUGCUUCUUGGUGGUGCUCAUGUUGCACCUGAUCAUUAUGAUGCAACAUUCUUUGACAAGUUUCGCAGUCAGUCGGCCAUCUCUGCAACAAUAGAAUUUGCCCGUAAUUAUGACUGGCAAGGUGUUGAUGCAAUGUUUACUUAUCAUGGUGGAGAGUGUUUGCCUCAUCGUCUAGCUGUUUUGUCAAACUUUCCACCUACUAUGGGACCUUUUGAGUACAGGUCAUUAUUGCCUGAGUGUGAAGAGGAUGAAGUUUUCUUGUGGGAGCAAGAAGAGUUAAGAGAUGAAGAUUGGUGUGAGGAUCCUCUGUGCAGAGAAGCAGUAAAUGAGGGAGAAGCAGAUCCAGCCGAUUUCUUGUAUGCCGAGCAACCCAAGAUGAAAAAGUUUAGAGGGGUGAAUGUGACGGCAGAGAUUGUUAGUGAGUGGUACCAGGAACGUGCACGAGAGAUUGAAAGGUGCAGCCACUUUGUGGAUGCUGCUCUGGACCUUCUCAAGCUUGGGCGUGAGAGAGGUGUUGAGGAUCUGGAGGAACUACAUGACACACUUGAUACUCUAGAAGUUCUAGUGUAUGAGGUCGGCCACACCUCAAUGACUCUUGAUAAAUACUCCAAGCUCUCAGAUAAUGAGAAAAUUGUGCAACUCAUGUCAACAAGCACUCAUGAAACCUACAUCCAAAACAUUCGUCGGUGGCUGCUGCCGUUCCUGGCUCGUUGUGAGAAGUGGCAGCCAGGCAGUGGUCGGUCACUCCUGUAUACCUAUAUUGUAAAUGCAGCGAAGCAAGGCCUUGGUCUGCCCUUAAAAAUACUGCAACAUUCCCGACCUGAUCAACACGCUAGGAUCAUCACAUCUGCAGAAGAGAUGAUGACCAUUGCUAUUGACUGUGUGUAUGCUUGUGAGAAAGAGAAUCAGCUUCCACGAGCUUUUGCUAUCCUUGAAUGUCUUCCAGAAAGAGAGUCUUGCCCAGAGAACAUGGAGACCUUGACAAAGCUGCAUGAUCUGGCAGACUCACUAGAUGCUCACCUCACAGCAGCAGAGCUACUCGGCAACAAUGGUGUCAAUGUCACGCCUUGUCAACUCCGCCAGUUGCAGUCCCACCCCGAAAAAGUUCGAGAAAUACUAACCAAGCUGACAAGGGCAGCUGCAAGAAGAGAGCCCAGACUUUGUGAUGAGGACUGGAGGAAGCUGCUGUAUGACAUGUUAGAACUACAACAGAAGGUGUUUACCUGCGUGGAACCUCAGAUGUGCACUGAGACAAUGACAGAGGCACUUCUGUGUUCUGGUGUUACUGAAAACAUCCAGUUUGCUGGUGAACUAUUAGAAACUCGAGUAGAUCGAUCUCCAGUAAACAAUCCAUACCUUCAACAGCUACCGUUUGCUCAAGCUGUGAAGCUGGUAAUUACAGCCGCCACACAUUAUUGUAAUUCUUCGGAGAGCCAUGCUGAUGAAGCUAUGAAGUUGGCAAUGCAAAGUCUUUGUCUGAUUGAAUCUGAAAAUGAGGACAUCAAAAGAGAGAAGGAUCUCAUCUCUGCACUUCAAAUGUUGCCAGACUUUGGUAUACAUAAACUUCCUCUACAAGUUCGGCUGUGUGAAGAUCGACUAGGCCUGAUAGCUGAAGGUUUGCAGAUAAAGAAAGGAAGCUAUCGUCAUGGUUCUCGGCUCCUGCAACUUGCCACCUUGUUGCGGGUUUGUGGAACAGAUGCUCGAACGAGGCAAGCGAAGGUCCUUACUCUUGUUGCUCAGGCAGCUCUAAAGGUAAGUUGAAUGACCAGUUCUUUA